CCAAAGUUACACCACAAGUUCAAUGCAAGGCUGAACCGCACCACCACGCCAGACCCCACACAAAAACAGCGGCAACAUGGCUGGGUCCCCGUUCGGGGCGCCGACAGCAGCUCCAGCUCCUGACGGGCAGCAGCUGGACCUGGACGGGCCGGAACAAUGGAACGAGACGGUCAAGCGCAAAUACGUCAAGGAAAAGAAAAUCGGCGAGGGAACCUACGCCAACGUGUACCGCGGCCACAUGCGGCACGACCCUUCGACGCUCGUCGCCAUCAAGAAGAUCAAGCACCAGGACGACUACCGCGACGGCAUGCCGCCCGCCGCCGUGCGCGAGAUGAAGUACCUGCAGGAGCUGCGCCACCCAAACAUCAUCCGCCUGCUCGACACGUUCGGCACGGGCGUCGACACGCUCAACUUUGUGCUCGAGUACCUCCCCCUGGGCGACCUCGAGAUGCUGAUCCGCGACGUGCACCGCGUGCGCUACGGCGUCGCCGACAUCAAGGCCUGGAUGGGCAUGCUGACGCGCGCCGUGUGGUUCUGCCACUCCAACUACGUGCUGCACCGCGACAUCAAGCCCAACAACCUGCUCAUCGCCGCCGACGGCGAGGUCAAGCUGGCCGACUUUGGCCUGGCCCAGUCCUUCGCCGACCCGGGCCGCCGCAUGACGGCCAACGUCAUCACGCGCUGGUACCGCCCGCCCGAGCUGCUCUUCGGCGCCCGCCACUACGGCGGCGCCGUCGACGUCUGGUCCGUCGCCAUGGUCUUUGCCGAGCUCAUCAUCCGCACGCCCUUCCUGCCGGGGGACUCGGAGUUUGAGCAGAUUGCGCUCAUCUGCAAGCACAUCGGCACCCCGACCGAGGAGAACUGGCCGGGCGUCACGCAGCUGCGCGACUACACGGUCCCGAGCGAGGUGGUGCCCGUGUGGGGGAAGGAGGCCUACAUGGGCCGCUUCGGCGCCGUGGGUGCCGACGGCGUCGACCUGCUGGUCAAGACGCUCGCCCUGAACCCGGCCAAGCGCAUCACGGCCCACGAGAUGCUGCAGCACAGGUGGUGGCGCGCCGACCCUAAACCUACUCCCAAGGAGGACCUCCCGCGCAAGUCGGGCGGCGAGGAGAAGAUGGGCGCCGAUCUUAAGAGGAAAAACGGCUUGCUCGAUGAGGAGAAUGGGACACGAGGCGCAAAGGUGGCGAGGAAAUUGGAUUUUGGCCAGGCCAAGUAGCCUUGUUCUUGUUUGGUUCUUGUUCAGCCAUCAUCUCACUGCGGCGUUUAGGAGGAGCAUGGUUAAAGGAUCGGGUACCGGGUGGGACAAGGUGCAUUAGAGACAACGGCUGCUUUCAUCGGCAUAAAAAUUGAUGUAGGAUAUGUAAUCAAAAAGGGUAGGCUGGGUAAUUGCUCUAGCCAAAGCGCUGGUUU